CGUGUCUCUGUCUCACAAUGGAGCCGAGUAAAAAGAUGGACCCUUCCGGCUCGCUGCAGACCAACCCAUCGCUCAAGCUGCACCCGGACCGCAGCGCGGGCGCCCCAGUGCUCGUCCCCGAGCAAGGAGGGUACAAGGAGAAGUUCGUGAAGACCGUGGAGGACAAGUACAAGUGCGAGAAGUGCCAGCUGGUGCUGUGCAACCCCAAGCAGACCGAGUGUGGGCACCGCUUCUGUGACAGCUGCAUGGCCACCGUGCUGGGAUCCGCCAGCCCGAAAUGCACUGCGUGUCAGGAGAGCAUCGUUAAAGAUAAGGUGUUCAAGGAUAACUGCUGCAAGCGGGAGAUCCUGGCUCUCCAGGUCCACUGCCGGAACGUCGGCCGUGGCUGUGCCGAGCAGUUAGCCCUGGGACAGCUGCUGGUGCACUUGAGGAAUGACUGCCAGUUUGAAGAACUCCCAUGUGUGCGUGCCGACUGCAAAGAAAGGGUCUUGCGGAGAGACCUGCGCGACCACGUGGAAAAGGCCUGUAAAUACCGUGAGGCCACGUGCAGCCACUGCAAAAGCCAAGUCCCGAUGAUCACGCUGCAGAAACACGAAGACACUGACUGUCCCUGCGUGGUGGUGUCCUGCCCGCACAAGUGCAGGGUCCAGACCCUCCUGAGGAGCGAGUUGAGUGCCCACUUGUCAGAGUGUGUCAAUGCCCCCAGCACCUGUAGUUUUAAGCGCUAUGGCUGCGUUUUCCAGGGGACGAACCAGCAGAUCAAGGCACACGAGGCCAGCUCCGCGGUGCAGCACGUGAACCUGCUGAAGGAGUGGAGCAACUCCCUGGAGAAGAAGGUGUCCCUGCUGCAGAAUGAAAGUGUGGAGAAAAACAAGAGCAUACAGAGCCUGCACAACCAGAUAUGCAGCUUCGAGAUCGAGAUCGAGAGACAAAAGGAAAUGCUGCGAAAUAACGAAUCCAAAAUACUGCACUUACAGCGAGUAAUCGACAGCCAAGCAGAGAAACUGAAAGAGCUCGACAAGGAGAUCCGCCCCUUCCGGCAGAACUGGGAGGAAGCAGACAGCAUGAAGAGCAGCGUGGAGUCCCUGCAGAACCGGGUGACCGAGCUGGAGAGCGUGGACAAAAGCUCAGGGCAGGCAGCCCGCAACACAGGCCUGCUGGAGUCCCAGCUGAGCCGGCACGACCAGAUGCUGAGCGUCCAUGACAUCCGCCUGGCCGACAUGGACCUGCGCUUCCAGGUGCUGGAGACCGCCAGCUACAACGGCGUGCUCAUCUGGAAGAUCCGCGACUACAAGCGGCGGAAGCAGGAGGCGGUGAUGGGGAAGACGCUGUCCCUGUACAGCCAGCCCUUCUACACCGGCUACUUCGGCUACAAGAUGUGCGCCCGGGUCUACCUGAACGGGGACGGCAUGGGCAAGGGCACGCACCUGUCGCUCUUCUUCGUCAUCAUGCGCGGGGAGUACGACGCGCUGCUUCCCUGGCCCUUCAGGCAGAAGGUGACGCUCAUGCUCAUGGACCAGGGCUCCUCGCGGCGCCACUUGGGGGACGCGUUCAAGCCGGACCCCAACAGCAGCAGCUUCAAGAAGCCCAGCGGGGAGAUGAACAUCGCCUCCGGCUGCCCCGUGUUCGUGGCGCAGACGGUGCUGGAGAACGGCACGUACAUCAAAGACGACACCAUUUUUAUUAAAGUCAUAGUGGAUACCUCGGACCUGCCUGACCCCUGACAGCCACGGGGGCGGGUUGAGCAGAAGGCAACUCCUCGGGGUGGGAAUUGCUGACUCCACCCGGGCCCUCGCGCUCAGCACGGACCCCGUGGAGCAGGAAGUGCAGAAGGCGGCGCGGCCGGGCCGGCGGGAGGAGCCAGCGGGACGCUUUCCAUAGACUAGCAACACUUCACUGAAGAAUUCUUUAUCCUGCGGCGAGGAACACUGCUGUCGGAGGAGGUUCAUUUCCAUUUUUAAAGGUCUCAUCCAUUAAGGCGGAAGACACACCGGCUCCGAAAAGAACCAUGAGUUUUCUUCCUGAAACUUGAACACACAAAAGACACACCCACCACAUGCACACACGCCUGGGCUAGCUGGACAUGUCAGCAUGUUACAUAAAGAAGAGUUUAUGAAAUAAUAAUGCAGUUCUGAUAUAUUCGUUCUAAAGCUCCAGAGUGCAAUCUUGUUUCAAAUACAGCAUAUUGUCUAUUUUUAAGGCCUCACCUGGUCUCUGUUUUAAUGAUUUGUUUGUCAGAAGACCCUGAAGUCACCGCGGUCUUUUCUGGAAGUCUCUAAAUUCAGAAUCAUUUUUUAAUUUAAAGUUCUAAGAUAAUGGUUACUGCAGACAUUUUAUUUUAAAACGUUGAUAGACUUAUAUUUCUUGGAAGAAAAUGUAAACUAUCCAACACUGGUUAUCACUUGUGAUAGGAAAGAGAAUAUUCAAUCUGUGUUAUUUCUCGUUAGAAAUGUAAACCUUCAAUAUCUGUCGUAGUCAAUGACACUACUUCAAAUUAUUACGAAAGGAAAUUGCUCAUGGAUGCUGUGCAUCAUUUCAGAUUUAUAAUUGUUUUCACCCUAAAAUAGGGCAUUAGUUGAACUUCGAAGUUCUGAACAAAGUCCUGCAGGCUUUAAAUUGUGCCCACGAGUUCCGACGGUCUCGCUCGCCGACAGCGCCGACCCUGGCCAGCGCCGGGUGGGCGGGUGACGGGUGCUGCAGGUGGCCACGGCCGGUGUCCCUCCAUUCUGUCAUACUGCUGCAUUCUGUUCCGGCCUCCGGAAGUGACAUCUUUGCGUAGAGGUGGCGGCAUACUGUACCUGUGCCUUACGCUGCACGCUGCUUCCCGACCCAAGCUCUGUGUGCUCUGAUUCUAGGGCGUGACCGUGCGGCCAGCCUCCACGACCACUCGCUGUCUCACCGGCCCAGGCAGCUCUGCCCCUGCUGGGGGCAGCCAGCUCCAUCUCGGCUUUGGGGGCCCCACUGCUCAGUUACCCCUGAUUAUCACAGACCCCAAAUCUCUAGGCCCAAAGAAGCCGAGCCCUGCCUCCCCUCCGCUAUGCAGCACGCUCCACGGGUGCUAACUGACGGGUGCUACACGUGACGGGUGCUUCCCAGGCCCAACCAGCGCGACCCACCGCCUGCGGCCGCUUAUCCGAAAGCCACCCCCGCGACCAGCCGGCGCUCAGACUGCCUGCCCGGCUCCACGGCUGCGGGCGGCUGGGCUGGGGCCGGGCCGCCGUGUCUCUGGUGCUGCUGUCCGCUGGGUGUGCCUUCGCCCCGUGCCUGCUGGAAGCGCCCUCCCCUCGCACAUGCCGCGUCCGUAAGUGACCUCUUGGGUUCCGAGCACCUGCCAGGCCCCAGUUCAAAUGCUCAGUCUCGUCUUCUCCCACUCCCAGGACGCUGUGAGGUGAGGCAGUCAGUUCGGGGGGCGUCCCCACUCCCAGAGGAAGGACCUCCUGCCUGGCCUCAGGCGGCUCCAGGCCAGGGUUACCAGCGGGACCUCCUGCGACUUCCACUUUACUAACAAAUUGAGAAUAAGCACCACUCGGUCCGGCCAGAAAGAAAAACAAAACCAUCCCGUUCCCUCCUCCGGGGGGAGGCUGUGGGGUGGCUGCUGGGAAGCACCACUGCGGGGGAAGGGGAGGCGUGCCUGGGGGGCGGGGAGACCACGGCCCCCACCUCCAGGGAGCCCAGAGGACGUGGCGGGAGCGUCCCUCUGUGGCACUGGGGGUGGGGGCCUGUGGCCACUGCUGUGCCAUCUCCCCUGCGUAUGCUGGGGGCCGCCGCCUGGCUCUGCUCCUCGAGGCCCUUCCCCUUCCUGGCGACGAGAGGGCAUCAGACACGCUGUGACAGGUGCACGUUCCCCUCGACCCGAGAGUGCAGGUUUCCCACGGACGGUCCGUACCUCAGAGAAGCCCGCGCUCUCGGCUUCCCUGCAGCCUCCGUCCCGCACAAGCCGCCGUGUGGGGCCUGGGCCGUGUCCCUGAGGGUCUGUCCGGCUGGAGCCCCUUCCUGGGCCUUUUUUAGGAGCAGGUUUUCCCAUUUCCAGAGGCCACAGUGACAGCACAGCUGGGAUGGAGGUUCUCAGACCUGUCGGAGGAGAGGGUAGUGCCAACCCCGGGCGCAGCUCGGUGUGCGUUCACUACCGAGGACCUGAGGGGCAUCGUGGGGGCAUCAUAACGACUGCUGUCAGGGCCCCAGUGCCCAGCUCCGCGGCCUCCCACGUGGGAACAGCUGGAGCACGGGAAGCUCUUGGCCCCGCGGCUCCUUCCUGCCCCGUGACCUCAGGGCUGUGGCGGGAAAGCUGCCUCCCUGCGUUCCCCCCCGCCCCAGGCCCUUCUGCUGCCCCAGCCCCCGUCACAGCAGAGCGAACGCCCCAAGGCUUCCCUGAACCUGUGGCCCCCCUUGGGACCACAGGGAACACCUGCCUGUCUCGAGGGUCCUCAGCUGCCCGGGGUCGGGGCCCGUGUCCCAUCAGCAGCAGUGCCCGCUCAUUCUGGGCGGUGUCAGGGUCCCCCAUGGCCGGCCCAGCAACCUGUAGCCGAGGGGCAUCGUCGGCAGAAGGGUCUGGACAGACCCUUAAACAGCUGAGUCCCCAGGUGGGUCAUUCCAUGGUCCGGUCAGAGGAUGUGGGGAGAUAGGCAGGACCCCCCACGCCUCGCACCCCGGGGUCCAGGCCCACAGCCUCUCCAGCAACAAACGGAGUGAGGCCCGCGCUUUUCUGUGCCCGUCACAGACAAUCCAGCCCCGGCAUCUCUGCUGUCGCCCCAGGGCGGGCCGGGCGGGAGCUCCAGCCUUGCCCCAAAGCGCCCCUCUGUGCUGAGGGCUGGGCAGAGCUGACCUCUAUGGGGCUGCAGAGGUGAGCGGGUCCCAGGGGCCCGUCUGCAUAUGUGAGCGCUGGUGACGGGGGUCUGCCACCCAAAGCCACUUCUCAGCCAGGACCACGGCUCUGUCUGCUGUUGGCCCAUCUGGUAGUUGUGGUUUCUCCGAAGUGGAAUGUGGCUGCCAGGUCCAGGCCCGGGGAGGCUGGUGGAGGUGCCAGGGUGGGCAGGUGACCUGGUCGCUCCUGUCUCUCCGGGCAGCGCUGGUUGUCACCUGGGAGCCCAGCCGGUUGGUGGGCAGGGGCGGGGGCGGGGGCAAGGCCCAGAGGCAUCCUGGGAGCAUCGCCGCUGCCCUGGGGGGCGCUGAGCUGUGCUUGCAUUUCAUUCUCCGCUGCCGCCGUGUCCAUGUCGUGUGAACUCGCACAGGGACAAGGUGGGCGUCCGGGCUGCACCGCCCCUGCUGCCGCGGUCGGUGGUUUAUAACUCAGUCCCCGUAGACAAGCAGGAUGACCUUCAGCAGCAAGCGCGAUGCCCCCCUUGGUAAACACAGCAGCGCACGAUUCCCAAGGUUCCCCCGCGAGUUCUCUGUGGGCGCAUCGCUGACCAAGGGAGCGUGCGAGCCCACGCGCACGGGCGGGAGGCGCUUUCAGUCACGUCCUUUCUCCGGUGGCUCACUCUUCAGUUCUUGCCCCAAACAAAGACCAAAGAAGGCCCAUCUCUUAUUUGACUGUAUUUAAUCUGCCUGUUUUACAAACCGCGUCCGGUGCCGCGCGCCGUGAGGGCGUCCUGACUGCACGUGAGUGUGACGACCAGUGGCUCGCGUCCGUGUGUUCCUGCUCUUCUAAGAAAACAACAACCAAGGACCGUGUGAGUUAUUGCUCAGCAAUAAUCAUAUGAGUUCGUACCAUGCCUGGUUUUCUCAUAGCAUUAUCAUGUUUUCUAUUUUUGUUUACUGUAUAUUGUGUGUGGUUUUAUUUGGUAUUUAUUUGUGUUUGGAGGUCUUGCAAUGUCUUUGUGUUCCUGAUGCUAAUACUGAAGUUUGUACGAGUAUAGAAUGCAAACCUGAAAUGCUAAACUGUCAUUAGAGGCAAAUAAACCUGACCAAGGA